CAACAAGUCUUGUCGAUGAGAACUGUCAAAAAAGUGUAAGCAAUGAACACACAUUGAAAAGCACGUUUUCGUCUAAAUGUGAAUUCCCUUCGAUUCAGUCAAGCGAUUACAUUCUUCGUUAAUAAAUAAAACCCGAGCGCUAAAUUGAAUCUUUUAGGAAAUUCACCAUUUGGUUGUUAUUGUUCAGUUGAUUUUGAAGUUUUACUCAUAGACGAAACAAUGAAGGUGAAGAAAGUAGAAAGCAAAAAGACGGUCACAAAGCCAAAUUGGGCUGAGGAUGAUUUGUCAGAUGCCGCAAACAACGAGGUUGUACCGCAGAAAAAGAAGGAUAAAGGGAAAAAAGUUAAAAAUUUGUCAGAGAAAUCUGGAAAAGUAGCUAAAAAUUCUUCAGAGAAACUCGAAAAGGUAGCCAAAAAUGGAAAAGUAAAAAAAAAGAAGUCGAAGAAGCAAACUAGUGAUGAUGGAUCGGACGCUGAAGACUAUGGUGCAUCGUUGGAUAAACUAAAGGAAAUUGAUCCUGAGUUUUAUAAGUUCCUGGAGCAAAAUGACAAAAAACUACUAAAAUUCAACCCAGAUGUUGAUGAUGGUGAGGAAAACAAUGUGGAAAGUGAGUCCGAGAAAAACGAUGACGAUGACGAAAACGAAAAUGAAGAAAGCGAUGAUGAAGAACGUGUGCACCGGCCAUUGGCUCAAUUGGAUGUGGCUAGUGAUGAGAGUGAUUUCGAAGAUGAGAAUAACACCGCAAGAAAAGAUAACUCCAUUACAUUGAAGCUGCUAAAGCAAUGGCAAGGUGAAUUGGCUCAAGAUCGUGUGCCAUUGGACGUAAUCAAAAAUGUAAUUUUGGCAUUGAAUUCAACGCUCUUAACACUGGCCGGCGAGAAUGAUGCUUCGGUCAAAGCGUAUCAAGUUGAAGGUGCGGCAGCAUUCAAUGGUGUUGUGCAAUUGUGUGUAUUGCAUCUCGAACCGGCAAUUCGUCGUUUUUUGGGCUUGCAUCAGAAGACCGCAUUGCAACCACACAAAUGCAAAAAAUGGAAUAAAAUCAAGAGUGCGUUGCGUGGAUAUUUCACCGAUAUUACGAAAUUAUUGGAGCAAGUGUCAUCGGCAAAUAUAUUGGUGGUUUUGUUGAAGCAUAUCCAUCAGUCGAUUCCAAUGAUCACAUCGUUCACAUCGCUGUUGAAACCGAUUCUGAAGCGCCUCGUCACUAUUUGGAGUACCGGUGAGGAGACUGUGCGUGUACUUGCCUUCUUGUGCAUACUUCGGAUCACUCGCAGCCAACAGAUGACUGUUUUGAGUACGGUUCUAAAGGCAAUGUAUCUAUCAUAUGUUCGAAACUCCAAGUUCGUGAGCCCGAAUACGUUGCCGGCCAUUAAUUUCAUGCGACGUUCACUCAGUGAAAUGUUUGCACUUGAUCUGAAUGUAUCGUAUCAGCACGUGUUCUUGUACAUUCGUCAAUUGGCAAUUCAUCUGCGAAAUGCAAUGACUUUGAAGAAGAAAGAAAGUUACCAAGCCGUUUACAAUUGGCAAUAUAUCAAUUCGAUUCGUUUGUGGUCCGAGCUGCUUGCAACGACCAGCGACAAAGCCCAACUACAGCCGUUGAUCUACCCAUUGGUGAGCAUCAUCACAGGGACCAUCAAACUUAUACCGACGGCACAAUAUUUCCCAUUGCGUUUCCAUUGCAUCCGGUCGCUUAUACAGUUAUCGAAAGAGACACGCACCUUUAUUCCAGUGCUUCCAUUUAUUUUGGAAGUCCUCAAGUCAAACACAUUUAAUCAGCGCCAUUCGAAAGUGUCAAUGAAGCCACUGUCAUUCACAUGCAUUUUGCGUCUUAGCCAAAAUCAAUUGCAAGAGAAUGGUUUUCGUGAUGAGGUGAUUGAAAGCAUUGUUGGCUGCACUCUGGAGUACAUGGCCCAAGAAUCACAUACAAUUAGCUAUCCCGAUCUGGCCGUGCCAGCAAUCAUUCAACUCAAACACUAUCUUAAACAUGGUAAAAAUAUCAAUGCCAACUACCGUAGCAAACUCAAGUUGCUUGUCGAUAAAAUGGUAGAAAACUCCAAAUAUGUGGUUUCCGAACGGGGCAGGUUUACAUUUGAACUCCAUGACACCGCCUCAAUCAAUGCAUGGGAAACACAAUUACGCAAUAAGGGUACGCCAUUGUUGACGUACUACGAAAAUUGGUUCAAUACAAAUGUGGCUGUGCAAAAACGUCGGGCUACCACAUCAGAAAAUAUGGAUGAAUACGAAUUGCCCAAGGUGCUAAAACGCAAAUCAAAGGAAAAUGGUAGUGAAGAAAAAUCCGAUGGGCCAGUCGAUCUCUUCCCAUCAGACGAGGACGAAGAAGAACUUGAAGUGGAAAAACAACCGAAAAAGAAAAAGUCCAAGAAACAAAAACCAGAACAACCGAAACCAAUUGCCAACAACGCUGCAGACGAUAGCGACAACGAUAGUUUUGUCGAUGACGGCAUUGAUAUUGUAAAGGACUUAGACUUAGAUGAGUGGUAGAUUUUACUUUAUAAUAUCAUUCUCCUUAUCAUGUUAUUUUCUUCCUUUCUUACAAAACAAAUACACAAUUUCAACAGAAAAA